AUGCGUUAUAUCUGGGGAUGGGCCUCGCGGAUUUAUCUGUUGAUUUUGGCAUCAACUGUGCUGGCAGAAGAUGAUUCGGACUAUAAUCCAUCGUCAAACUUCCGACCUAACAAUGUGACAGGGCUGAAUCAGCUUUAUACUUGGAAGAACCGCACCACAAUCCAGAAAUGGAAUUCCCUCUUGGCAAUUACAGGACGAGCCACAUACAACCCGGGCCUCAACGCAGUCAAUUUAUGGUUGAUCAUGCUUCCGCCGAAUCAUAACCUGUCCGAAGUGCCAUAUGGAGAGCAAAUGUUUGGAAACAGGGAUGUCAUCAUGUUCCCCGUAAUAUCUUCACAACCCACUUGGAAGCCCCGAGAGAACAAAAUAGUGCUCGAUAAUUUCAACAUUACUACGGCGAAGCAUCGCGACUCCUCUUUUACUGUUUCGGGGAUAAUGCAUAACAACGAGCUCGUUGAUGAUGAAAGCUCAUCCCGGCCUUUCAAUAUCGAUAUGCCUGCGUGCAACACCUCCCGCGAGCACGGCAAUUGGAGUAUGCGGGUUCCCCAAACAGUGGGAUGGGACAACAAAGACUGGGACGAGUUCGUUCUACCAAAUGUGACGGUCGAUUUUAAUGCCCACACGGCAAAUCUGGUUAUGGAUGGGGAUUUCACCGCGUCUCCAUACAGGGGGUGA